CGCAAUCGAUAACUCCGGAGCGAUUGCAAAUUCUUAACGCUGUUUACAAACAACUUUCAAGUUCUUCUUUCAACAUGCGAGAAGCAUGGACUCGUCUACUUGUCGUGUUUGUUUAAAUCACUGUGAAAACAUGGUGAACAUUUUCAAUCUGUCACAGAGUUCAGGGAUUUCCAUAGCGAAAAUGAUUUCUGAGUGGAGUGGUUUUCAAGUUAAGAUAGAUGACUUCCUUCCGAACACCAUUUGCCAAUCCUGCCUGAAGGAUGCCGAAAAUGCAUACCAAAUAACUGAGAAUAGUAGUAAACUGUUUUACCAUACACCGGAGGGCAAAAAAAUCAAGGAAGAAGUCGACGAAAUAUGCGAGUCUUCAAGAGAUGAACCAUUGGUAGAAAUGAAUUUGCAAGAUAAGGAAGAUCUCCCUAAGGACCAACCUCCUCGUCAAGAACAGUUUCAAGACAUAGAGGAUCCUCCCGAUGACUCGUUUCCAUGUCAAGUUAACCCCAAGCCACUUAAAGAAAUCGUUAUGGAGACCAAAGACUGCCACAAAUUAAACCAGAACUUAGUUCAAUCCAGUAUCCCAGCAAAGGAUAGUAUUAUAAAUCCAGUGUAUCUCUACAAUGAUACCAUUAACAAGCCAGAGACGGAGGUAGCUAAAGAUAAUGGAGGUAGCAAAAAAACUAUGCCGAAACGGCGGCACCCAUCAAGUCCACCCAUCAAGUGUUCGAUCUGCUUGAAGACUUUCACAACGCGCUCGGGGCUCAAAACGCACAAUAAGAUUCACACUGGGGAGCGAUACAACUGUCCACGCUGCUCCUGGUCCUUCACAAGGAGAUCCACUGUAAUGCGGCACUUGAAAUCGUUCCCAGGAGAGCCACACAAGUGCCCCCUAUGCCCAAAGACCUUUUGCAACAUCGUACAUUUCCAUUCUCACGACUGCAACGGGGGCUACCGACGCUAUGGAUUUUUAUUGGACACAAAUCAGAAGACGAAACAAACUAAGGAGAAGGAAUUAUUUGUUCUAUGAGAAGCGUAACUUGAGUCAUGUACAUGUGUAAAAAAGAAAAGUAUUGUUUUUAGGUUUUAAGUGUGCACGAAUGUCCGAUAAUUUGAAUAUGUAAUAAACCAAAUACCUGAGCUGCGUUUUAGCUGCAUUUA